AUGGGAUAUACUGAUUAUAACACUGGGACUGGCUUGACUUUCCACGGACAGCAAUUCUAUGAUGUCUGUAAUGAAUACAAACCCUACAGCUCCCAGCCUCACAACGAGUACGCCACCUCUCAGUCCAGAUAUGCUCUGUCUCCUGGAUCGGGAUCAGACUUGGGUGCAGUUGGAAUCGGUCAGGAUAUGGGUCUAGGCAUCAUGAACAUGAAUACGAACAACUACAUGGGUAUGAACAUGAAUAUGAACAUGCACACAAAUCCAAUCAGCGACAUGAGAGACAUGACCCCGAACACUUCUUACGAUGACUUCGGUGGAUCAACGGUCAAUGUACAGUCGUACCUUUCGCCACCUCAUACGAUGGUGUCGCAUGAGUUCGGGUCUGUGGUCCCUUGCUCCGAUACCAUUGUUCCUACUGGGGUCAGUAGUGCGUCUGGCACUCGCCCAAUUGCGAUUCCUACACCGAGACACCACUUCCGUUCCGCACCCCAGUUUGCUUUGAGUCCAUCGGUGCAAUCUAGCCCUUCUGAACACCCAUGGUUUUCAAACUACUACUCAGGAUCGCCUGCUGCCUCAGCGUCGUCGAUGAGCUAUCAGAGUGAUGACUUCGCUCGAAGAUCUUUCAAGCCAGUGAACUCAUCACAACCAAUUCCAGUGUCACCAUCGCCCAGCACUCCUUACUCUGUCCCGUCUCCAGCCAGCCAGGUUGAUAAAGCUCCUGCUGACGAGUCUCCUUUGCUUCAGCGUGUACGACGAAAGAAACCAACCCAUUCCUUCGGGUGCCGGAUAUGUGGCAAGUCCUUCACCCGAGGCGCAGACGUCAAACGACACGAAUCGAGCGUUCACUCCCCUCAACCAAUGGAUUGCCCCGUGGAAAAAUGCGUUCGCAAAGGUAGCAUCGGUUUCCCACGUCGUGACCAUCUGAUGGAACAUUUGCGCACAUUCCACAACUAUGAUAUCCCCAAACGUACUGGGAAGCGCAAGGCUAAUGCCAUGCUCGAUGACUCAUUUUGA